UGAAUUUAGCGAAAAUUUUAAAAACAGCGGCGUAUUGGUUGCCAAAACUUCAUAGACCAGAAUGCAACGCGUCGCAUUACGUCACUCCUCGCCGCAUUGGCCCGUCGCCAGACCUCCGGACAGCUGAGGAUCCAAAAGACGUGAGAUCUUGGCUCAGCAUUCCCAUUUAUUGACCCAAAUUUCGUCGUGUUUGUGUCGCGCAAUGGCCAAGACGUACGAUUACCUCUUUAAGCUGUUGCUUAUCGGCGACAGCGGCGUGGGUAAGACGUGUCUGCUCUUUCGAUUCAGCGAAGACUCCUUUAAUACCACCUUCAUAUCCACCAUAGGCAUAGACUUCAAAAUCAGAACGAUAGAGCUGGACGGAAAAAGAGUCAAACUUCAAAUCUGGGACACUGCAGGCCAGGAGCGCUUUCGCACCAUCACAACCGCUUACUACAGAGGAGCCAUGGGAAUCAUGCUGGUCUACGACAUCUCCAAUGAGAAGUCGUUUGAAAACAUUAAAAACUGGAUCAGGAAUAUUGAAGAGCAUGCCUCAUCGGACGUCGAGAAGAUGGUCCUGGGUAACAAAUGUGACAUGAGUGACAGGCGGCAGGUGUCCAAAGACAGGGGUGAAAAACUGGCUAUUGAUUACGGCGUCAAGUUCCUGGAGACCAGCGCAAAGACAAGUCUAAAUGUCGAAGAGGCAUUUUAUACCAUGGGAAGAGACAUCUUGCACAAUCUGAGCUCAAAGACAGCUGACAACACUGCUGCAGGAGCCAGCAAAGCAGUCAAGAUCACUGAAAAGAAAUCCAAGAGGAUUAAAUUCCUCAAGUGUUCGCUCAUCUAGAGCCCGCCAUGCACAGAGUGACUUUGCUCAUUUUGAGGCGGCUUCUUACUUCAUGUGACUUUUGAGGGGCUUCUUGCUUUCGCGAGCUGAUCUCUCGGCCCCAGCGUGAGCUGACGGGUUUCCGCUCAAGACCUCGUCGGACUGAAGACGGUGCGACCGGGGCUUGAACCCCGUGACGGUUGCCCACGGCUGGUUUGUAGCCGGACGCCUGUGAGGAGUCUUGUUUUUUGUUUUGCUGUAACCUCAGUUAUUGAACUCCAGCAAUCCAUGUUUUUCGUAAAAUAACAAAUGCCUCGCUUUUUUUUUUAGCACUUUGUAGCACUACCUUUAUACCUUGUGCCAUAUUGACCACAAGGAUGCUGUGCGACAUGCAUAUCGAGUCCCAGCAAUGAAUGUAUUUGUGUGUGUAUGUGUAAAACGAAUAGGUCAUUUUCAUUCAUUUUGAUCAAUAACGGUAAAGACACUGGCCAAAAAAAAAAAAGUUUAGCCAUUUCUGUCAUGCUGCCUUCGUCUUGCUUUGAAAACGUUUCGAAUUAACCUCUUAAGCGUUCACAGUAGUAGUCACGGUUGUCUCUUUGUAUGAUACAAAAAUAAUAGUCAAGACGUGCUUAAAUUUCUGACAACUUAUUGCAAUACCGAUGAUGACGCGUCAGCAGACAGCUCCCUCUGGUGGAGACGGACAUAACCUACCGUCGAAUAUUAACGCUGAACACAAAGAUGCAUUUGUCAACUUUCAUGGAAAAAUGCAUCUUCAGAAAAUAUUUCUUUGGGACACACAACGAUGGAGAUAUUUUCGCAUGACAAGUUUGCGAAAUAUAAAACUGCCAACUAUUCCAUCAGUAAAGUUAAUUUUCAAAAAUACAUUCGGUGGAGCAUGUCUUUACUGUUACUAAUCAAAUGACCCAUAUUAAGACCUGAAUUAGUCAUACAAACUCCAAUUUACUGUGUAAUUUUUUUAAAUUACUGACAUGAUUGAAGAGUUCCUCCGACAAGAUACAGUGAAUCCACGUUGUAACGCCAUUGUCAGUAUUUGCAUGAGCGCCGUUGCAGUAUUAAGCACAUUGUACAAUUCCUAAAGAGAGGACGACGGCUCCGUCUGUAUAUGAAAGUGAUUGUUGAGAAAGUUUCACGUCACUCGUGCAAUAUGUGUGGACAUUCUGGAAGUGUUCUUCACAUUAAAAAGACUUGAAAGGGCA